GUUGGAUGGAAUUUCAACUCGAUGUCCUGUUCCUUCAUUUCCAUCCACGCAUCUUGAUCAUGAGACGAAGUUUUUUGAGAAGAACUAAAUCCAACAUUACGGGUAAAUUCAUCAGCCAGAUUCGAAGUACCACUUAUUUCAGAAGAUACAGAGACCCGUCUUUGAGUUUCAUCAAUAUUCUCGACGCUUUUGCCACAUUUAGGAAAGGGACAUGUAUUUGGUACGCAAACAUCAUAAUGGAAGUUUGGUUACCAGUGAAAACUGCUUCAGAAUUUCUAGUUUCCAAUCUUGGACGUAUAAAAAAUAAUAAAGGUAGGAUUUUAAGGGCAAAUCCCUGCAAAAGAAAAGGUUAUAUACGGAUAAAUUUAAAAAUUAAUGGCACUUAUACAAGUAGAGCUGUCCAUAUUUUAGUUGCACAAGCCUUUAUUUCUAAUCCAGAAAAUAAGCCCUAUGUUAAUCAUAUUAAUGGCAUCAAAUACGAUAAUCGGGUUAUUAACUUGGAAUGGGUAACUCCUAAAGAGAACGCUGAACGUAAAAUAUUCCCAAAUCCUGGUCAUAGUAGCUCCAGGAAAAUUGUGCAAAAGACUCUGGACGGAAAUGUUAUUCGGAUUUGGGAUUCUAUAGCCCUUGCAAGCUCUACACUUAAGAUUUCAGGGCCUCAUAUCUCUCAAUGUUGCAGCAAAAAGCUGAAUACUACUGGAGGGUGGCGUUGGAUGUAUUAUGAAGAUCACAUAGAAAAAGAUCCAGAUGAAGAAUGGAGAGAAGUAAGGCUUAAUUCCCGAAAAUUCAAAGUUUCAUCUUUAGGGAGGGUUCAGUUACCCAACGGUUUAAUCUCAAGAGGAUCUCUAGAUGCAGGAUAUCUUAGAGUCGCUCGAGAAAAAUAUCGUGUUCAUCGCCUGGUUGCAUUAGCAUUUUGCCCUAAAGAAGAAGGUAAAGAAUAUGUGAAUCAUAUUGACGGGGAUUCAACAAACAAUAAAGCAUCUAAUCUUGAAUGGUGUUCACCAAAAGAAAACUCUCAGCAUGCUGUACGUCUCGGGCUUCGUAACUUCAAGGAUAUUAAAGCACAACGUGCAACUGGAAUUAACCACUCAAACAUUGGUGGAGUAUGUCGAGGAAUCCGAGUUCACGCUGGUGGUUAUCGUUGGCAAUACAUGAAUACCAGUGACAUGACAUGA